AUGACAAAGAGUACGCAGUUUCUGUUGAUGUAUCGCAGUGAAUAUCGUGGACAACACGCUGAUUAUCGAGGGGAAACACGGAGAAAAAUCGGACAAAUUUGGAAGGGUAAGAAAGCUACUACCAUAUUUCGUAGACCAUUCCACAGGCUUGCUCGGGUUGAUUAUUUUAUCAAAGUCGGAUUUGUUAAAUUUGUGGAGCGACACUUUGUUCGUAAAUAUGACCUGCCUUUGUCGGUAAAAGGUGAAGAAGUGAAAAGCGAAUUGAGCAAAGAAGGAGUGCUAACGGUAAGAUACGAUCGUCAUCCGGAACAGCAACCCAAGAUUAUUCCAAUCUCCAUCAAGCCAAAGUAA